AAGCCACGCCGCUUCCUUGAAGACAUGCGUCUGACUCAGCUUCUCGCUGCAGCAUCCAAGCUCAAGCUGCCCCCCGAUUACCUGUUUGGCAUGAGUCGGCCCUCUACUAUAGCGGCACAACGCAAGAACCCUCCCGGGAAGAGGAGGUCCAAGGUGUUCGUAGAGCCCAUCAGCGAUAAGGAAUGGAAGUAUUUCCGGGGAGACACGGUUGAAGUCCUUUCUGGCCGAGACGCUGGCAAGCAGGGGAAGGUUACUCAGGUUGUGCGCGUUCGGAACUGGGUAGUCGUAGACGGUCUAAAUGCGCACUAUCGCUACGUUGGGUGUACCAGCGAUUAUAGGGGGACCUACGUUGCCAGUGAAGCUCCUCUUCUGCUCAACCAGGUGUCUCUCAUCGAUCCCACAGACAGGUGA